GUGUAGCGGGGAGUGUGUGCAAGAAGAGCAGGAAGGGGGGGACGAGGUUGAGUUCAGAGGAGCUGACAGACCGGAGCAGACCUCCUUCAGUCUUACUUCGGUCCUGCUUCUGGUCCUCGUAUCGUGGGCUCGCCAAAACCACCAUCGGCAGCGCGCACCGUGUCCGUUAAAAAAACAACAACAAAAAAACCCCGACGCUUGUCUCGCUGGUGAGAUGGACGUCAUUCCCAUGUGCAGCAUCUUCCAGGAGCUCCAAAUCGUGCACGACACUGGAUACUUUUCAGCGCUACCGUCCCUGGAGGAGUACUGGCAGCAGACAUGUUUGGAGCUGGAGCGCUACCUCCAGAGCGAGCCGUACGUGUCGGCGUCCGAGCUGAAGUUUGAGAGUCAGGAGGACUUAUGGAGCAAGCUGAUGUUGGCGUGCGGCGACAAGAACGCCGACCCCAAGCUCAUCAAGGAAGAGGACGACCCCCAGCACCUGGACGUGGGCUGCUUCCAUUCGGACGCCAGCAGCGAGGCGUCGGACAGCUCCGAGGAGCUCUCCCCGGCCCUCGACUUCCCCUCCGGCUCCUUGGCGGACAUUCUCGGCGACGGCGCCGACGACCUCAGCGCCGUCGUCAUCGGCACGCCGCCGUCCUCGCCCGAGCUGGUCAAGGAGGGCUCGGCGGGCCAGACGUGGGCCGGCGUACAGACUGUGCUGCACGCCGUCGGGAAAGGCGUAACGGGCGGCGGCGGUGCCGGCGCGGAGAGGGCGGUACUCGCCAGCGGGGAGGCGUCGCCUGACGGAAGGAGGCGUGUCCACAGGUGUCUGUUCAAUGGCUGCAGGAAGGUGUACACCAAGAGCUCCCACCUGAAGGCACACCAGCGUACACACACAGGUGAAAAGCCGUACAGGUGCUCGUGGGAAGGCUGCGAGUGGCGUUUUGCGCGAAGCGACGAGCUGACGCGUCACUUCAGGAAGCACACCGGCGCCAAGCCCUUCAAAUGCAGCCACUGCGACAGGUGUUUUUCCCGCUCCGACCACCUGGCGCUGCACAUGAAGCGCCACAUCUAAGGCGGCGUUGGCGUGGAAGGCCCUGCGGGAUGAAUCGGGCGGAUGUUUCCUGACCUGUGCGACAAAGGCGAGGCCGGGGGCGUCCCCCCCCUGCCCUUCGUGAGGGGGGGGGGGGAUCAUGGCGUUCCAUUGAGUGGAAAAGCAGGAAGGAAGAGAAGAAGUCAAGGCAGGCUAUCAUUUGCACCGUGCUCAGUGCCUCGCUGUGGAGACGGCUCUUGAAUGAUGUAGUGAGGACGGGAAGAAACUCUUCUGUAUGGCUUUUUUACCCCCCCACCCCCCACCCACCAUGGAGGAUUAUGGGGGAGUUGUAGGUGUGUGGGGGGGGUGCGUGUGUUUGGACUGUGAUGGAUGCCUGCCAUGGAGCGUGCAUGCGGACGUGCGCGUGAAUGCCGUCUAUUGUCUGCGAAUGAAUGCAGAGAGAAAGCAGAGGUGAAAGGGGCUUGUUUGUUUGUUUGCAACGAAAAAAGUGUGCCCCCUGUGACCUGGAGGUGGAACUACAGCUCCUUGCUAAUUUAGAAAAAGAACAACAAAAAAAAGAAUGAGGCGAAAGGUGUUUUUUUUUUGUUUUUUUGUUUUUUUUUAAGUGCAGCUAAUAAAUGUGCAAUGUAUAACAUAGCCUGUCUGAAAAGAUACACACUAUAAAGCUCAUUUUGUCGUCCGCGCCGUGACGCAAACUACGUACACUCGCAGCGACGCCACUACCUUUUCUUGUUUUUUUAACUUGCUUGUUUGGCACGCGUUUCCAUGACAACCACCGCUGCAAACGUCUGAGAACGACUGCGACGUCACAACUCGGCUGUAAAUAGACGGGAGCUUGCACAUGUAAGUCACACCAAACAACUCGCAAUUCGAUUCAAACUGAUUCUCGCAAUAUAUUAUUCGGUAUAAAACAUUGUCAAACAGGUUACUGAUUAUUAAGAGUGCUGAGUAAGCACGAAUAUCAGCUAAAAAAACAUGUUUUUAUUAAUUGAAUAAUCAAUCCAUCAUUUUCAAGAUUUGAUUUUAUUUUUUUUUUAAGCCAUUAAUAAUUGUCAAGAAUCGAUAAAAAAAAAAAAAAUUGGAUUAAGAAUCACGAUUCCGGUGUAAGUAUUUGAACGCAUGUUUAAAAAACAAAGCAUCACCUUCACAAAAUAAGGCACUUAAGACAAAUCUCCAAAUGAAAAACAAAUGUUCCUGUAGGCAAGAGUCGUCGCCGUCUUAACUCUCGGUGAUGUAUUUUUUCCUAAUCUUUUUUUUUUUUUUUUUUUCUUUGGCAGCAUGCUAACUACUACUCGUAGACUUGGUUACUUUGUACUACUUAGUACACGUUCUCACUGAGCAUAAUUGGCCUGUGAAAUACUCAGUGUUUAUAUAGCAUCCGUACAACUUUUUACAUGGAAAAUAAUCAGAAGUGUCCUAACUUUUUCCACUAAAAGGCCAUGUGCUGAAAAGCCCAAACAUGCAGGGGCCAUUUUUGAUAUUUUUUUAUUUAUUAGAAAAAAAAUUUGAAAAAAAAAAGAAUGUUUUUUUUUAAACAUAUUUUAAAUAUUUAAAGACAAAACUUUGUGUUUUAGGUGACAAAGUGCAUUGUUAUUCAUGUCCAAAUUAAGCUUCUUUUUUUUUGCUCUUUUUUUCCCCUACAUUCUGAAUGCCAUACCGUUCUUUAUUUUAUUUCGACAAUAUGCCGACAAAACUUAUGCUGUUGUCUGCCUCGUUUUAGGGCAAAAAUUGAUGGACUAAACCCGUGACAGAAGAUCCCGUAUUUAUUCAUCUGUGGGUGUUCUCAUACUAUCACCAUAAUUGAUCAAAAAUAUGACCUAAUUUUUACCAUAGUCCUCAUGAUGACAGUUUUCUUUUCCGACAUUUUUUUGUCGUAACGACUAAACCCGGGGUGUCAAACGUACGGCCCGCGGGCUUGAUCCUGUAAAGACGUCAACUUUCCAAAUCAAUCGAGCGAUGAAUUCAAUACAUCAAAAUAUAACUGACCAGUGAGCAUAAAAACGUUGUGACUAUCCCUAUUAAAAACAAACAUUUGACGACAUUCCCUUCAGUAAUUACCCGUAAAAACAUUACAUACCUAUUCCUCAAUUCAUGUAUGCCUACUAUUAUAUUCAUAUAUAUCAAAAGGUGGUCUGUUGGAGUGGAAGUCUGUAACUGACCUCAUGUUGUGCUUCUUCUGACAUCAAACUUGUAAAGACGGAACCAACAGUACUUAGUUGCAACCACUGGUUGCAACUAAGUACUUCACUCCAUUUGAGCUCCAUUGCCUUUGUUAAUUAAAGUUAAAGUACCAAUGAUUGUCACACACACACUAGGUGUGGUGAAAUUCGUCCUCUGCAUUUGACCCAUCCCCUUGAUCACCCCCUGGGAGGUGAGGGGAGCGGUGAGCAGCAGCGGUGCCGCGCCCGGGAAUCAUUUUUGGUGAUUUAACCCCCAAUUCCAACCCUUGAUGCUGAGUGCCAAGCAGGGAGGUAAUGGGUCCCAUUUUUAAAGUCUUUGGUAAGACUUGGCCGGGGUUUGAACUCACAACCUACUCGCCGGUGUUUGAACUCACAACCUACCGAUCUCAUUAUUCGAUUAACUAAUAGUAUAAAUCAAUAUCGGGGCAUAUCAUGUACAUGUAUCAUAUAAAUGCAUGUAGUUUACUUGAUUAUUUUCAACUAAUAAGUCAAUAGCGCAAACCUGUGGUAGUAGAGGCAGACGUGACCUAUACCGGGUUUUAUCCGGUCCGCGGGAAGAGUUUUUUAGUAUAAAAAAAUUAGCUGAAAUUUUUGAAGGAAAGAAACUGCAGUUCUAAAUGUGUCCCACUAGAUGUCACAAUAGCAAUUAUUUGUAUCUCUGUAGAUCAUGGGUGUCAAACUCUGGCCCGCGGGCCAAAUUUGGCCCACCGUGUAAUUUCAUUUGGCCCCUUGAGGCAAUAUCAAAUUAACAUUACAGCUGGCCCGCCAUUUUUUACACUUGCCAACCCUCCCGAUUUUUCUGGGAGAUUCCCGGAGUUCAGUGCCGCUCCCGAAAAUCUCCCGGGGCAACCAUUCUCCCAAAUUUCUCCCAAUUUCCACUCGGACAACAAUAUUGGGGGCGUGCCUUAAAGGUACUGCCUUUGGCGUCCUCUACAACCUGUCGUCACGUUCGCUUUUCCACCAUACAAACAGCGUGCCGGCCCAGUCACAUAAUAUAUGGGGCUUUUACACACACAUAAGUGAAUUCAAGGCAUACUUGAUCAACAUCCAUACAGGUCACACUGAGGGUGGCCAUAUAAACAACUUUAACACUGUUACAAAUAUGCGCCACACCGUGAACCCGUACCAAACAAGAAUGACAAACACAUUUUGGGAGAACAUCCGCACCGUAACACAACAUAAACGCAACAGAACAAAUACCCAGAAACCCUUUCAGCACUAACUCAUCCGUGACGCUACAAUGUACGUUGAUAUUUACCUCAGAAGGCUGCAAAUAGAAAAGAGGCAUUCACUUUUAUUUAAAUUUUAUUUGACAUGCCAUUGAUAUUUUUUAAUUAUUAUUAUUAUUUUAAACUCGAUUUUGCAUGUAACUAUAAAGUUAUAUAAGCCUUGCUUGUUCAAUAUUCAAUUAAAAGGUUAAUUUGCUCAACUUUGGCCCGCGGCUUUGUUCAGUUUUAAAUUUUGGCCCACUCUGUAUUUGAGUUUGACACCCCUGCUGUAGAUGAUGCUACAUAUGUACAAAAAAAUAAAUAAAGCACACUAGUCGAGGAAAAUGAGCAAACUACAUACAUUUUGAUAUCAUUUUUUUAAUCAUUAUGAAUUGCAAAUUAACACUAAUUCAUGUCAUUUAUUCGGAAAGUAUAAAUGACGACAAACAAAGAUAGAAUACUAUUAACCGCAACAUGUAAGUGGAAAAAAAACAACAACAUUAUGAUUCGUACAUUUUCAGAAUGUGCUUGUUCUAUUUUUAAACAAAAGAAAACAAUCCGACGUCUUUAUUUUUAAGUUAUCGUGCCGUGAUUUUACCACUCAGGAGUAGAUUUUUCCCCGUUUGACACCCCUGGACAGUAACGCACACCAAACGAUUUUUUUAUCGUGCAAUUACAUAAUGACUCUCCGAAAAUUGUAUCACCGUUUACAGGCGGACCUUUUCAUUCAUAACGCAUCAUUGCUUGUAACACAAAAAAUUUACGUCGCCAACUAGUGGCCCGGCAUGCAUACUACACUCCUCUUUUCAUAGUUUUGUCAAAAGUCGGGCAAACCUUUUCCCAUGUGAGAAUGUCGUGCAAAAAACGGUCGAUAGGAGAGGUUGGAUGGAGGAGGAGUGGGUUCUUCAAGGCCCACCGAGCAGCUACCCUCAUCUUGUGGAGGAAGACGUACGUCUGGGGAAUACCACUUAACUUUCCUUGGCGAGUGUCCCUCAUGGCGGCUUCUUUUUUUUUUUUUUUUUUAAUUUGUUGUUUGUGUUGUAAAUGCACUGUUGACCUUACUGAUGCCUUACAUAAGUGGCCUUGUCCUCUUCUACACACACACGGAAUAGCUUUACGGCGUACAUUUCCACCUCCCCCGUCACAUUAAAAUAACGACAAUAAUGACGUGUUUUGUAAUGAGUUUUUUUUGUUUCUUGGAGUCAACGUUAAAGCAGGUUCACUACCGUGUAGUGAACGUCGUGGUGGUCGUCCCGCGCGGGGAUUUAUCAAUAAGGUGUGAGUCAGCGUCUCGGCCGCCAGACGACAAGCUCGACGGGUUUAAAAGCGCCGACGCAAAGAACGCGGCGACAGGCCGCCUUCUUGUCACACAAGGAGGCCAUUGUUUGCUUUUUUUUAAUUUUAUUAUUUUAUUUUUUUUUUUACACUAAGAGCUUUUAUAACGAGGGCCUCCAUUUUCAAAGGGGACCAAAAAAAACGUAUGAUGAUGAUAAUAAUAAUAAUAAAAUUGCUUGUGUUUCAUCUUUCGAAUAAAAAGACUUAGAACUGUUCCGGAGGCUAGAAUAUUCUAGUUGUUUUUUUAUUUUAUUUUAUUUUUUUAUUUGCCAUUUGACUUGUCUGUGUCAAACAUGCCAGAAGCUUCCUUUCCUCUUUGUUGCCAUAACGAUGUGUGUCAUUUAUGUAUGAAUGUAUUUUCUAUGGGAAAGUCCAUAAAGAAGCUUUUAUUGGA